AUGUCUCGUUUCCAGCUCCCUCUGACUGGCACUCGCCUCCAAGUUUCCUUCGUGAUUUUGAUUGUCGCGCCCUCUUUUGUUCUUUUUGGAUACAACCAAGCAGUUUUAGGAAGUAUUUUGAAUUUGCAAAGCUGGGUACAGCAGUUCCCCGAUAUUGACACCAUUAAUACAACCGGAUCGGAGAAGUCUCAGAACUCGACGUCACAAGGUACAUGCAAUGCAUCUUUCCAAAUGGGAUGCCUCAUCGGCGCCUUGUCCCUCUCUCUCUACGGUGAAAGGCUCGGGCGUCGAAUGACCACCUUCAUUGGCGCUUCUAUCACCGUUAUCGGCCAAGCACUACAAGUUUCGGCAAUAAGUUUGGCUCAAUUUGUCGUUGGCCGAGUGAUUCUGGGUCUUGCGGUGGGCAUGAUCAGCGGAACUGUGCCGGUCUGGCUUUCGGAAUGCGCCCCUGCCAGAUACAGAGGGCAACUAGGGAUUUGUACUGGUAUCUUCAUCAGUACAGGGUACGCGUUAUGUAACUGGAUUGAUCUGGGAUUCAGUUACAUGCCCUCUUCCUCUGCCCAAUGGAGAGCACCCCUGGCAAUUCCGUUUCUCUUUACGGUCGUCAUGCUGUUUUCGGUCUUCUGCUUUCCGGAAUCGCCUCGAUGGCUGGUAUCUAAGGGCAAGGUCAGCGAAGCCACAUCCAGCUUGAACCAUUACCGAGGGUCAGAAUCCUCGGAAGAGGCCAUCAAGCGCGAAAUUGUCAGCAUUCAGCUGGCCUUCGAGAGCACAGAGUCAUCAUCCAUUAAGGACAUCUUCAGUCCUGAGGACAAGACACGGCUGCUAUACCGAUUCUGGCUCUGCAUGGGACUCAACUUCUUUCAACAGGCUUGCGGUGGAAAUCUCAUCUCCGUGUACAGUUCCACAAUUUUCGAGGGCUAUCUCCACAUGGCGCCACAGAUAGCCAAAAUUCUCGCCUCUUGUGUUCUAAUGUGGAAAACGUUUUGUUGCCUCGUAUCCUUCUGGGUGAUUGACCGAUGGGGCCGUCGUCUAUGUUUCAUGAUAAGUGGAGCAGGAAUGGCCAUCUGCAUGGCAGUGCUAGCCAUCACAACGAGCUUCAGUACUAUCACCCACUCUAUGGCUAUCGCAUAUGUGGCUUUCAUGUUUCUUUUCAACCUUUUCUAUCCGAUCGGAUUCAUGGGAGGCAAUUUCCUCUACACAGCUGAGGUUGCACCUGCACGUCUACGAGCAGCUAUCUCCUCCCUUGCGACCGCGAACCACUGGUUGUGGAAUCUGGUCGUUGUACUUGUCACGCCCGUUGCUAUUGACACCAUUGGCUUCUGGUACUAUGUGAUUUAUGCACUCAUCUCAGGGACUAUCCCUAUUUGCAUAUACCUGUUCUACCCCGAGACGAUGCGUCGCAGUCUCGAGUCCGUGAACAUGGUCUUUAUUGAGGCUUCGACUGUUUGGAAAAUAGUGCCUUUGGCGAGAAACUUGUCACAAUGGCAGCGCGGUGAAGAGGAAGUUCUACCCGAGCCUGAGAAGGCGGAUGCUGCUGACGAUGUCGAGAUGCGCGAGUACAUUUAA